GUGUAGAGAUCUCGUUUAGUAGAAACUGUACACUUUUCAAAUGGGUGGAGGAGUUGCAGAAGAAUUCUCAAGUGAUCAAGCAGAGUUUCCAAUGGUGGCAGAAACUUUGCCAGGGGAUGGACCAGUUAUGGAGGUUGGUUUGACAGAGUUGCCAAUGGUGACAGAAACUUUGUCAGAUGAUGGACCGGUUUUGGAGGUUUCUUGUGAUUUACGUUUAGAGCAGAAACCUGCAAGAACCCUACUUUUGGUAGGGCGUUCAGGUAACGGUAAAAGCGCGACCGGGAAUAGCAUUCUUGGAAAACCAGCCUUCAAGUCAAAAGGCCGUGCAUCAGGGGUGACUACAGUCUGUGAGUCACAGAGUUCAAUUCUACCCAAUGGCCAGAUCAUCAAUGUUAUUGAUACUCCUGGUUUGUUUAGUCUGUCUCCAUCCACCGAGUUUACGUGCAGAGAGCUUUUAAGGUGCUUCUCUCUGACCAAAGAAGGGAUUGAUGCAGUCCUUUUGGUAUUUUCCUUGAGAAACCGACUAACAGAAGAGGAGAAAUCUGCGCUUUUCGCAUUAAAGAUUUUGUUUGGAAGCAAGAUUGUAGACUACAUGAUUGUUGUUUUUACAAAUGAAGAUUCUCUUGAGGAGGAUGGUGAUACAUUUGAGGAAUAUUUGGAAGACUCUCCUGAUUUCAAGGAAAUUCUCAAGGCCUGCAAUGACCGCAAGGUGUUGUUUCAAAACAAGGCCAAAGCCCAUGAGAGUCAGAAAGCUAAGCAAGUUCAGGAGCUCCUAAACUAUGUUGAAGAGAUUGCAAGGAAGAAUGGGAAACCAUUCAUGGAUGAUUUAUCUCACGAACUAAGGGAAAAUGAGACUGCAUUCAAGAUAAAGCAGAGGGAUAUUUUAGAAAUGAAGGGCUGGUACACAAAACAAGAGAUGUCUCGAAAGAUGAAAGAUAUGGAGAGGUCUUUUGAAAAUCAGCAGCUCAGGCAAAUGAUGGAGAGGGUGGAGACUCAGUUGAGAGAGAGGCUAGAGCAGCAGCUAAACCAAGAGCAAGCUGCAAGACUUGAAAUGGAGAAAGGAGCAAACGAAGUCGAGAAACAGUCAAGUGAUGUAGCAAAAGAGAGCAAGAUAUCGCAAGAAAGUGCGCGUUUGGUAGAGAUUUGGAGAACACAAGGCAUGUACGAUGUACUAGAGUGAUAUUUAUUUCCUAUACAUGUAUGGACAUCGAAAUGAAAAUACCUUUUUCUCGAUUGCUUACUCUCCAAUCAACCUGUGAGCCUUUU